AUGCGCUCACAUGUGAUAUUUCCGUCUAUGCUUGUGGUGUGGAUAUCUGUUGUCUUGCAACAGGCUCAUUCUUCGCUGUUCACCCCAAAUAUCAUUGAAGGAUCUGGAACCAGUGAUGAGCCCAUGAUUUCUAAAUAUGCUUCUAAGCUUUUUAAGAAAUGUCAUAUUACAGAUCUUAAUACUCAAGUAUCAAUAUUGGAAAAAGGAAAGAAAAACUUCAAUGAAAAGAUUUUAACAAUUGAUCGAGAAUAUAUGGAACCUGAAGCUCAAAGUUGGUCAUUAAACCCUUCAGAUUCAAACCCAAUGGGUUCAACCUCAUUAAGUUCAAAAUCAGAAGUAGAGGAUAGCAAAGGAAAUGUUAAUCUAAUUUCGAAGAACUUAUCACAAUUUUCUUUAAAAAGACAAAAAGGCUAUAUAGUAUUUGAAGAUGGAGAAAAUGAUGAUUAUUUACAAAACUAUUUAGGUUAUCUUUAUGAUGAUAGAAUCCCAGAGAUGAUAAUCAUUUGUAGAGGUUAUUCCAAAUUAAGAUUAAAGAUGUGUGAAAAGUUUUGGGAAAUGAUUUCAAAUGAACAUCAAUGUGAAAUACCUCAAAUCUUAAUGGGAGCACAAGGGAAAAGAGAAACCAAAUUGUUUGAUAUUAUGGAAGGAGUUGGAGUGAUUGAUGAGACUGAAAGACAAAGAUUAAUAGAAGCUUCAUUAGAUUUUCAACAAAGAGAAAUCGAAGCCAAAGAAACUUAUCGGAUUGUUACCGAUCAUAUUCUUACAUUAAAUAAAGUUUCGAUUGCAUUAAAGACAGCUCCUACAGAUUUAUAUGAAAUUGUCAAACUUUUGGGUUUAGAGAUCGCAAGAGAAAAGAUGAUCAUCGGUUGGGCAUCACCAGCAGGAUUUGUAGAAAAACCAGAUGGAUUACAUAUCUUUGCUAAAUUUAACUUUGAACAAGAUUAUGAAGCUUCAUAUGACUUAAUUUCAAGUGAAAUCCCAAUGUAUCUAACAGGUAAAAGUUUAAGUGAUACACGUACAAAAGCUUUUAUUGCCAAAGAACAUGUGAUUAAGAUGAGAGAAGUAGAUGAAAAGUUUGAAGGGUUUAAAGGUUUUGAAAAUUUAAUUGAAACUUUCAAGUCUGCUAAAACGGGUGGUUUUCUUCAUCUUUAUUUACAUGUCCAAAGAGCUUUUCAAAAUGCAAGAGUUUAUUUUGCAAAGAAAACAAUUGACUAUCUUAAUGAAUUAUCAAAUAAGAAUCAUCCUAUCAAAGACAUCAAAGUUGAUCAAGAAGCUUUAAAAUCUAAAUUUGCAAUAGAAUAUUUUGAAAAGAUGAAACAAGGACUUGAAAAAAGUCUUGGAAACUAUCCAACCCAAGAUCAUGUAAAAAGUAAAAUCAAAAAAAUAAAACAAAGACAUGAAAAGAGUGUAAAAAGAUGGGGGAGUUUAUUUGAAGGUGAAGAUCAUUUUGUUGAAGGUUGUGUUGCAGAUCCACAUCUCGAAUUCAUUUUGAAUUCUACACUAAGGAAAGAAUCAGUGAAAGAAAUCAUACCCGUAAAACUUUCAAAAAAACUUGGUGUUUAUUCACAACAUGAUAUUUAUAUUGAAAUUCAACCUGAAAGUAAUUGCUGGUUACUUUCUGGUGUUGAUGAUACUCAUUUUGUUGAAAUCUUACAAGACUUUAUUAAUCGUUCAAAUAAAAACGUUGGAACUCAAAAGACUGUUUAA